AUGGCGGACAAAGUAGAGUUACGCGUACGUCGCGAGCUUUUGGAUCCAAAUUUUGACGGAUAUAAGCUGAGUCUUGAUCCUUUGCCAACAUAUACAUGCAAAUUAGACAAUGGCAUUGCCUUUACAUCACUUUCGGAGGAUCAGUAUUCCUACCAUCAUGCUAAAUUGUUCGGAGUCCACAAUCACCUAUACCUGGAUCCAUGGAACACGGACUACAUUUACUUUAUUGACAGUGGCUGGAGUAUAGUUCAAGCACUAUCUACAGGAGCCGGUGUCACCAUUACCAGUAAUGCUGGAAUCAUUCCUGAUCUGAACAGGCAGAACUCAGUGAAUGGCCGACUAAAUGCCUCCCUGUGUUUUGUAUCAGAAGACAUGGCUGUGGUUGGAGAUGGUGCUGGAAAGCUUCAUUUGUAUUUCACUGGAGCUAGGAAUUGUUCACAGCUCUGGAAGAUUGUAUUUUCUAAUGAUCCACUGGAGAACAGCACCCCAUUCCUGUUGGUAGAUGCAGUGCUGCAUACAGUGGACAGUGCAUACAAACUGGAAUGCCUGUGUGUACAUGUGGUAGAGUGUGAUGCUGAGCAGAAAGACAAGUACAGAGCUACACAUUUAACAGUCAUGGAGUGGAUUACAAUAUCCUCAGGAGAUAAAAUUACUUGGGUGCAAGAGCGAAGUCGACGUCUUUAUGGGAGAAGACCUUUUGAUUAUGCUGCCUUCAGUAAGGACGGAUCUGCUCUGAUUGUUGGGGCUGAGGCAGAUUUUGUCUUUGAGUAUGACUCACUGAAGCCAGUUAGAGAAGAGGAACCCAUGGAGGCAGAAACCAAUGGACAAGAAAAGCCAGAACCUGAAUACACCUGGUCACAGAAUAGCGAGGAAGUGACUGCAUUGUUCACUUUACCCAGUGGUCUGACCAAAGCAGAUGUGUACUUCAUAUUAUCACAUGACUUCAUUGACUUCGGAAUCAAAAAUGGAAACCAUUUGUUGAAGGGUCAGCUAUUUGGAGAUAUAGAUGUAGAAGGUAGCACUUGGAAAAUUCAAGACCAGAGGGUAGAGUUGACUUUGAGUAAAUGCGAGGAGCAGGUGUGGUCACAUAUUGUAGUGGGAGACAAUCGUGGUGAAAUGACUAUGGAUCCAGCAAUGAUAGCUCAGAUCCACGAGAGAUUGGCAGGUCUUACCUCCGACCAGCUGAAUCCUGAUCCUGAAGAGGGGAAAGAAAAACCAUACAACUCACAACAGCUCGAGGAAUGUGAUGUAUUCCCAGAGGAAUCCUCUUCUUUAAUGAGGUUUGAUGGAGAUACACAUAAAAUAACACAUCAGACAAACACAGGGAGCCAUCAGUUUCUUUUCUCUGCCUCGCUUGAUAAAGACAAAUCCUCUGCUCUCUGUUUACGUCAUGAUGUUGAUGGCAUCAUGUGGCAACCAGAAAACCAGUGCAAAGAAACAGAACUUCCAUGGCAACAUGUGGCAACAUUCAAUGCAUUUGGUUAUGUUCAGGCCUCUAAACAAAAUCGAAAAUUUACCUUAUGUGCUCCAGACUGUUCAUUUGCUGUUAUUUGUGACAUAUGGCGACAUGCCUAUGUAUAUAGACAGCCAGCACCUAUUGCAACUCCAGUCAGAAAUCGUAAAGAUGGACGGCAAAUUAGCCAUGUUGCCAAGCAACAAGUGGUUUCACUGGAGUGUACAGAUCACAUUGUUGGUAUAAAGGCAACAUCACAGAAACUCUAUAUUUUGACUGAAUCUGUGUUACAUGCUGUUCAAAUCAGUUCAUAAGAAUACAUGUGUAUGCAUGGCAAAUUCAGUUCUUGGCCCUCAGUUUCAAAAACAAGCAUGUUGACUUAAUUUUCACACAUUCAUGAAAAACAUGCUUUUGAUCAGAAAAAUCUUUACAUUAAUCUGGUUUAGAAUCAUUUUUAGCCAUCAAUACAUGUAUCAAUUUUGU